AUGGCGCACUGCGAUGGGCUGGUGCUGCUGCCUAGCGGCAGCACGGUGCACGUGGUUAACCCGGCCACUCGGCGCACCCUGACGCUUCCCCCGACCCGGACGACCCCUCCCGACGUCGGGCCCGUCGUCAACCGCUUCGCCCCAGGUGCUCAGGCGUUCGGUCUUGGCCAGGACCCUCGCUUCAACGCUUACAAGGUUGCCCGCUUCUACACUUAUCUGGACGUGCGCGCCCCGGCUACCCACUACUAUACUGCCAAGAUGGGGGUGUUCACCAUAGGGACGGACCUUUGUUGGCGUGACACCGCGGCCGCACCGCCGCAUCACCAGGUCAUGCCACAUCGAACGGCGACCUUCUUCAGGGGCUCCUUGUUGUGGACCGUCGUGCAGGGGGGUCUCCACGAGACACCACUCGCUCCAAGCUUUGUCCGCUUCAGGUUAGAGGACGAGUCUUUCAGCAUUGUACCGGCGCCUCCUUGCACCCCGAGGUUUAACUACAAGUCGUCCAGAUUAAGCGAGCUCCACGGGGAGCUGUGUGUAUGCGCGCGGGCAGCGUCCGAUUUCGGUGUUCUUGAGAUGUGGACGAUGUGCGGUGAUCUCGACGAUGGUUCCCAUCCGCCACACUGGGAUCUGCGUCGUGUCAUCAGGGGGCCCUUUUCGUUUCGAUCUUGUAUGCCCAUGACCGCGACCCCUGAUGUCGUGAUGUUCCAUUUUGCAACAUACUACCUCUACAACUACGAUCUCCAAAGUCCGAUCAAUAAUGAUCUGAUUGAGAUGAAGCGCUUGAGAAAAUUAUAG